CAACAUGUGUCCAGGUUGCAGUCCAAUACAGGUGGACCUUUUCAUUUAAAAUAGUUACUGGAUCUGUUCUUGGGGAACAUGAGAACGUUUUUAUUAAAGACUCUGAGGUCCUUCUGUUAGCGCAGCAGUCUUGCAGGAUUUAAAAAGUGACUGGCCAACACUGAAGACACAAUAUGAUCCUCAUUUUUGAUGAAAAACGACAUUUUCUUUUUCACUUGUCUCUUGGCCUGUUGAGUUUCCUGCAGUUUACAGAAUGUGAGAAUAUUAGGCUGGUCGGACCUUCGCGUUGCUCUGGCAGAGUGGAGGUCUUCCACAAAGGCAGUUGGGGAACUGUCUGUCACGAUCAGUGGAGCAUUGCUAACGCUGAGGUGGUGUGUCGAGAGUUAAGCUGUGGGACAGCUAUCGAGGCUAAAAAAGACGCCUUCUUUGGACAGGGAAAGGAUGAGAUCUGGUUGGAUGACGUACAGUGUACUGGGCACGAGUCUUCCAUCCUUCAGUGUCAGCACAAACCGUUUGGGGUAAAUAACUGUGGCCACAAUGAAGAUGCAGGAGUGGUCUGCUCAGAACAUGUGCGGUUUGAGAAAGGAACCACUCGUUGUAAUGGCAGAGUGGAAGUCUACCACAAGGGUCAGUGGAAAAGAGUUUGCAAUGACUGGGGCAAGGAAGCAGCUCAGGUGGCAUGCAGAGAAGCCGGCUGCGGCGAUCCUCUCGGUCAGAAUGAAACACCAUAUUUUGGAGAAGCACAUGAACUGUCUGCCAUCAAAACCACUUGCUCUGGAAAUGAGAACUCAAUCUCACAGUGCAAACUUAAAGAUUUCAGAGAAAGCUGUGUUGAUGCUACUGUUGUCUGUGCAAACAGUCAACCCAUUCGGCUGGUGAAUGGGACUAAUCGCUGCUCUGGUAGAGUUGAAAUCUACUAUAAAGGACAAUGGGGAACAGUUUGUGAUGACAAAUGGGGGAUGCAAGAUGCAGCUGUAGCUUGUCAAGAGAUGAACUGUGGGAAUGUUCUCUCAGUCAAGUACAAGGCUUACUUUGGGAGAGGCCAGGGUCAGGUUUGGUUGGAUGAGAUGGAGUGCACUGGUCAUGAAAUGUUACUCGCUGACUGCCCUCACAAAGAUUUUGAAGAACAUGUCUGUGACCACAAUGAAGAUGCUGGUCUUGUGUGCUCAGAGACAGUCAGAUUGAUAAAUGGGAGUGACACUUGUUCUGGCAGAGUGGAGGUUUUCCAUGAUGGCCAAUGGGGGAAACUUUGUAGUAAUAACCGGGGUCUUAAAGAAGCUACAGUCAUAUGCAAGGAGCUCGACUGUGGAGCUCCAAAAAAUUCCAAAGACACCUACUUUGGUGACAGCUCACUGCGAGGGCUCACAAGUAGAUGCUCUGAUAAUGUGAACUCUAUCAGCCAGUGUCAACUGCAAGAACACAGAGGGUCAUGUGAAGGUGUAUCUCUCGCAUGUGCAGGUCAACCACCGCUAAGGCUUGUGAACGGCAUUGACCGAUGCUCUGGCCGAGUGGAGAUUCUGCAUGACGGCCAGUGGGGAACAGUGUGUGAUGAUGACUGGGACUUAAGAGAGGCUGAGGUGGUGUGCAGAGCCAUGGACUGUGGAACACCUCAGAGAGUUAAACCUGGUGCCUUCUUUGGUGAAGGACAAGGAGUGAUCUGGCUGGAUAAUGUCAACUGUCUGGGUAAUGAGACGUCUCUUGGGCAAUGCAGUCAUCGCUCCUUUGGAGAGAAUAACUGUGGUCAUGAUGAAGAUGCAGGAGUGAUUUGUUCAGCUGCCAUUCGACUAAUCAAUGGGACUGACCUGUGCUCAGGAAGAGUGGAGGUCCACCAUGGGGAACACUGGUCACAAGCAUUUAAUGUUAACUGGGGAAUGAAUGAAGCUGCUGUGGUGUGCAGAGAGAUGAACUGUGGAGAUCCUGUCAAGAUCUCAGAGUCAUUUGGUAAAGGUCGAGAUCUGAGAGGGUACGAGAUUCGCUGUAACGGCAGAGAGAGUUCUCUCACGCAGUGCACGUUUAGAGACCAUACCAGAUCUAUCACCGAUGGUACUGAAGAUGCCUCUGUGGUAUGCUCAGGAAACGUGAGAUUAACCGGUGGAUCCACUCGUUGUGAUGGAAGAGUAGAGAUUUAUGACAAAGGCCAGUGGGGGACUGUGUGUGCUGAAUCCUGGGACAUGAAUGAUGCAGCAGUGGUGUGCAGACAGUUGGACUGUGGGAGUCCUCAUAAGCUUAUUCAACUUGGCCCUGGUACAGGACAGACCUGGAAUGAUCAAAUUGAAUGCAAUGGAAAGGAGCCUACAUUGAAUCAGUGUCCACAAAGACCAGGUCUGGACAGAACCUGUGACACAACUGUAUUGGCCGGUGUUUCCUGCACAGGGAGCUUGGCAGUGCGGUUGGUUAACAGUACUGAUGAGUGCUCUGGGAGAGUGGAGGUACGUCACGGCGAGCAGUGGCACGCAGUAUGUGACACAGACUGGACUCUAAGUAAAGCUGGAGUGGUGUGCGAGCUGCUGGAGUGUGGACGCGCCGUGAAUGCUCCUGGUGCUGCUUUUUUUGGCCAAGGCAGUGGGUCAGUGGUGGAGGCUAGCACUUCUUGUUUCCACAGCGUGACUUCUCUUCAAGAAUGCUCGGUGAAGGGUUUUACAAGAGAAGACUGUGGGCAUGAACAUGAUGCCGGUGUUCUCUGUGCUGCACAAGUCCGGUUGGUGGAUGGCUCAGUUGAAUGCUCCGGCAGAGUGGAGGUCUUCUAUAAAGGACAGUGGGGAACUGUGUGUGAUGACGAUUGGGAAAUGAGCGAUGCUGAUGUGGUAUGCAGACAGCUUGAUUGCGGUCAUGCCAUUUCAGCACCUCUAAGUGCCCAUUUUGGUAGAGGCUCUGGUCCAGUAUGGCUGGAUAAUGUGGCAUGCUCAGGCCAAGAGUCUGCACUUACUCAUUGUUCACACGAUGGAUUUGGAGAAAAUAACUGUGGGCACGAUGAAGAUGCCAGCGUUAUCUGCUUAGGUGGUCAACAGAAGCCCAAAAUCACAAUAAGUCCUGCUGCAGAGGUUAAGUGGGGUGACAAAGUUGAAAUUACCUGCACGCUAGUAACAGAACGCAUGGGUGGGAGAUUUCUCCUGAAAAAAACCCAAGGGUCAUUUCAAAUGGAAAAAUUCUCAGAUCAUGCAUCUGCAACCUUUGUCUUCCCUAAAGUGGACUUUAGUCAGAAGGGUUCAUACUACUGUGAAUAUCAAAAGGUGUUGGCCAGUGAAGUCAUCUACUAUCCUCAAGGAAAUCCUGCUGACCUUUCCGUUGUAGGUCAGUAAUUUUGUGCAUUGUUUCCUCUGUUUUGCACAAUUAUCGGAAAUUGUUGUUUGCAGUUAAAGUGGAAAAACCCAACAUCUCCCUGAUGUCCCCCAAUGCAAUGGAACUCACCAAUCCUGACACAAUUUCUGUCUCUCGAGGCAGCACCCUCACUGUCACUUGCUCUGUUCAUUCUAUAUACCCUAGAGGCAUCUUCUAUUUCAUACAUUUAAACACAAACACUACUGAAUCAAAGUCAGCAUUUGGCCACUCAGCCUUCUACCUGGCCAAUUUUGAGCUCGCUGCAAUAAGUCAUGAACAGCACGGAGAGUAUGCCUGUCUCUACAGCGUUAGCAUCGUCAAAAAAUCCUUCAAUUCAGUUCCUUCAAAGACUCUUAAUAUCAAUGUAAUAUAAACCAUUUAUAUCGUUGUUAUUUCUUCUUUUCUUGCUGAUAAUAAGUUAAUCAAGUGCAUUUGAUUAGCACCACAUGGAAGCAGUAAGUUGUGGACACUGCUUCUGCAUCACUCACUGGUGAUGAGUGUUUCACUUUACUGUGGAGCCAUUUUGGUCCACUCUUCUUUCAAACUUGUUUUAAUUCAGCCACAUUGGAAGGUUAGCUCCUGUUAAAUAAAUGAAACACAUUGUAAUAUGCCAUGUAUAGUUGUUCAGCCAAGGUUGUGUUUAUCAAAGACCUGUCAAGAACCAGAGGAUUGUUUUUAUCAUCGUGUCUUUAUGCGUAAAAAGAGGGUGUGCUGGUCAUGUGUUGUGGGGAUGAGGACCAGCAUAGCAUCAGAGGCAUCUGCACAGCACACAAUAGUGGGCUACUGGAACAAGAAGGCAUAAGUGGACACCAACAGCUUGAAUGCUACUAUGCAAGUAAUCCCACAGAAGGUGUUACACGAAGAGAACAGAGGAUGUGGUCUCACAUAAACUUCACAAAUAAAAAAUGUCACUGAAGGCCAUUUGCAAUUCUA